CCUGCCCUGGAGGAGCUUCUCUUCCCCUAGGGGCAUACAGCUGAGACCCAGACAAAUCAAGAUAAUGCAAUUGGAAGAGGGAGAAAAAACUGACUGCUGGAAUCCGAAAGAGCUCCCUGGCCUUCACCUGGGAUCCAGCACGACCCAUGUGACCAUCCCGAUGACUGUAGCAGACAGGACCUGCGAGACACCCAGGCCGAGCCGCUCGAUGUUCACAGAAGAAAACAGGCCCAGAGCAGGCGGUGACUUGGCUAGGGACACGCAUCUAAUUUGACCUGAAACGUUCCCAGGGAAGGAGGUGACAGGCUGGCAACAAGGCAGGUGGCAGCAGGGGGGGUGAGCAUUAGUGGCCCCCUACAAACUGGCCCUGCCAGUGGCCCGGGCAGCAGCGGCGGCAGAGGCAGCAGCAGCAGCAGAGGUGGAGCACUGUUUGCCCAGCUCAAAGCAGUCACCAUGGCCCAAGCACCUGGGGCAAGCCCAACCCACUGGGAGGACAGCAAGGGGGCCGGCAGGAGCUCCCCGGCUCAGGCGUCCCUGGAGCCUGCGACUGUGGAAGAGAAUUACCAUCUGGAAAGCGCUUUUGUGGAAGAUGAGUUCUUGGCCAUGGACAAGUCCUCCCCCACUCCGUACAGCAUCAACAUCAACAUGAUCCUUCCUGACAGCACCAUCUACGGCGCUCCCGAGGCCUUGGCAGUCUUCCCUCCGAUCAAAAGCGAGCCCAGCACCAGCGUUGCGCAGGCCUGCCCCACUGUCGUUCCUUCCCCACCAACCCUGCCAGAUUUCACCAGCAUCUUCAGUGUACCACAACCUACGGCCAUGAGUAACAUCUUCAUUAAGCAGGAGCCGCCUGGAGAGAUGCCUGUGGCUGCUGGGCUGCAGGCAGCCCAGUUGUGCCAGAUGCCUCUGGCUGGGGCUGGCGUGGAUAUCGACGUCUCCAUGGCCAUGCCGUCGCUGAGCAAUGCCACAGCCUUCAGUGGCCUGAAUGGCGUCAGCCUAGCUGCAGGCAACUCCCUGACUGGGAUCCUUCAGCAGUCAUCAAGGCUCGAGGGAGAGGAGAAGUCCUUUCCCAGUGUCCUCAAAGAGCAAGGCAACUUCAGCCUCGCCAGGGAGUUCUACCCUGUCCCAAGUGUCAGUCUGCCCCCAUCCCCCCCCAGCUCCAAGCCUGGCAGCCCUGAAGAUCAGCCCCCCCCAUCUCUUGAGACGGCCUUUGGACUGAAGCUGCUACAGCCCUCCCAGAUUGCCACAUUCCCCGUCCCCCAGGGGCAGCUCAUCCUGCAAGCGGCCCGAUUCAGCCCGAACCCGCGCAGCAAUCCAGAGCUGGACAAGAAGCGUGUUCAUCGCUGUGACUAUCCAGGUUGUAUUAAGGUUUAUACCAAGAGUUCUCACCUGAAGGCCCACCAGAGGACACAUACAGGUGAAAAACCGUACAAGUGCUCCUGGGAUGGGUGUGACUGGCACUUUGCCCGCUCGGAUGAGCUCACCCGACAUUAUCGCAAGCAUACCGGGGUCAAGCCAUUCAGAUGCACCACCUGUGAGCGUUGCUUCUCCCGCUCCGACCACCUGUCCCUGCACGUAAAGCGGCACCAGAACUAGGGGCAGAGCGCCCCCCGCCUGACCGUGCCUCCUGCACUCACAGCUCAGCCCUGCUCUUCUCUCCCAUUUCCCUCGUUCGAAGGCAGCUCACACCCCACAGCUCGGCUUUGCUGGUUUGAGGAAGCGCACGUGGAGAAACUUGGGUUUGAGGGUGCCAUUGUCCUCUUUGGGGUCUACCUCACCACAUCCCAUUUUUGUGCCCCAAAAGAUGUCCUAAAAAUGUCUGAUAGCAAAGCCCCAGAAGGAGGCCUCUGCACCGGCUUUUCAGCUCUAGAAUGACUCCGCCUAAGCCCAAGCUGCUCUCGGGUGCCAGGAAAGGGAGGGGGCAUCUAGAGACCCAGAGGCAACAUGAGGGCUUCUUAGCCUGCCCCCGUCUCCAGCUUUGAGCUUGGCCAAGACCCUAGGACCAUUUCAUGUGAUAAAGAUGGGACUUUUGUGGCCCCUGACGUUUGGGUGGUGACCCACCACCCACGUGACCUUAUUGGCAUGUUGUUUAUCACUGCGUUGCCAGGUUUGGGGAGUGUAGAUACCUAGCCAGGUAUCUGGUAGAGCAGACGGCUCCAUGCGGGCCACUGCUUGCCUCCUUUGGCCUCUUUUGACAAGGACCAUUCAGAUUCCGGGACAAGCUCCAGAAUCGGUACAAAGCAGAUGGGUUUGGGGUGGGGGGAGAGAAGGUCCCAGCCUGGCUCCCUUCAGCAGGCCCGUCAGGCAGGUGGGUGGCCAGGCUUGGGAAUCCUGGCAAUGGGAGCUGAAGGCUAGGGCAGUGUGCGCCAGCUGUGCCAAUGAAGCACUUUGGUGAGCAAAUUCAGGGCUGAAACGAAGGCACCCCAGGAUCGGUAGUGGUAGUGAUGCAGGUCGUGUGGAUGAUUGACACUGCUCAUCCCGAGUUGAUAUCCCCCUUAGAGCAAGGCCUCUAUGGGCAACGCCUAGAGUGGAAUACAUUGAACCAGUAUGUGUGUGUGUUCACAUGUAUGCAUGUUUGUAUGUAUACACACACGUAUGCAUAUUUGUAUAUAUACACACACGUAUGCAUAUUUGAGAGUCGGUGACCAGUGGCUCGGGAAACAUUGCCCACGUUCCUACCAGAUGCUUCUUGCAGAAUCAAAGACAAACAUGAGGAUCCCAGGCCUUGAGCUUCCUUCCAUCCCACCAGGCCAUGAGAGUGAUGGUCUGAAGUCCAGGCCUCGCCCUUUUUCCCAUCAGCCCCAGCAAGGAUGCUUGGCCUGGCUCAGCCGUCGUCAUGGGACGAGGGCUUGUGCUCUGUUCUCACUGUGCUGGUGGGCUGAGCGGGCCGUCCACAGGCCUGAGCUGUGCAGAGCCGGUGGUCUGGAGGGGACCAAAAGGACCCGGCACGAGGAGCGGUGAGGCCUUCCUUUCAGUGCCACUGCUCCUUUCCUUGCUGGUUUUUCGUUUUCUUGCCAUGCUUGGAGAGUGAUGCCCCAUGUAGAAAAAUACUCAUCUGCUGGGCUCUCUGGGGCACUAGGAGCACAGCAGGCGGACACUGGACUUCUCCCUGGGAUCAGGGAUCAUUCCCCACAGACACAGGGACCUGGGGCACGGGCCAUAGGGGCAAAACUGAUUUUUUUUUUAAAGAACUGAGCCCAGGCAUUAAGAACAGCUGAAGACAUGUCCCGCCCCCAGCUCUCACUUCCAUUUCUAACGCCCAAACGGAACGAGCUGUUUGGCUCCCAUCGGGCCUGAUGACGAUGGCUGCCUGCCAGAUGGCCUCUACCCCCCAGCCUGUGUCACACAGCAGUGCCUUUGGCUAGGCAGAGUCACCUGUGUGACUCUCAGGCAGCUCCCUGCUUCCCCAAGCCUGCUACCAUCCCUUCCCAAGUGUGUGUGUGCCUUCCCUUUGCCUUGUAGGACACCCCCGCUGAGCAAAGUUGACCUUCUCCCCAGGCAUUCACUUGUUUGGGCCUCUCGGGUCACUGGGGGACAAAGGCCCCAGAAGUUAAGAUAAACAUUGUUUUUUUUCAGGCAAAAAAUUAAAAAGGAGAAAAACGCCAAAAAGCAAAACAAAAUGAGCGUGAUUGAAGGUGUGUGCAAGAUGGUAACUAACAUUAGCAUGAAUGACUGAGAUUCGGUUGUUUUCUGGUGUGUUUCUGAAAGUAGUUCUGUGUAUGCUACAUGGGAGCCUCCUGUACCGGCAAAGGAAUAAAGCUUG